CGUAGCUGACGUAGCUCGUACAGCCGGUGUUAAAUAACAAAAAUGGAUCCAUUUUUUCUUUUUAUUUGUUGAAAAUUGUCAACGAAAAAGAGAAAAAUCGAAACUUAUGGAAAAAAUACAACUGUAGUUAUAUUUUUUUUCGUUCUAAAUUACACACACAUGUGUAUAAUAAUAGAAGAAUUUGUCACAUUUAAGUAAAUUUCGUCAUUUUAAGUUUUUAAAAUUAAAGAAGAAGAAGAGAAGGAAGAAAACUUUUCCCCAGAGAGAAAUUUUGAAAAUAAAGAAAUAGAGAAGAGGGAAAAAAAAUGUCUAAUCCGUGGGCACAAGGACAUCCAAUGGGACGAGGACGUGGUCGAGGACGAGCGAAUAAUCCUCAGCAGCAACAGGGACGAGGAAAUGCUCCACCUGGAGGUAGAGGACAACAAAAUCCUCCCCCUGGUCGGGGAAAUUUUCCUCCGGUUGGACAGCAACAGCAGCAACAACAGCAACAAGGACGAGGAAAUGCUCCACCUGCAGGUAGAGGACAGCAAAAUCCUCCCCCUGGUCGGGGAAAUUUUCCUCCGGUUGGACAGCAACAGCAGCAACAACAGCAACAAGUACGAGGAAAUGCUCCACCUGCAGGUAGAGGACAGCAGAAUCCUCCUCGUGGUUGGGGAAAUAUUCCUCCGGUUGGACAGCAACAGCAGCAACAACAACAACAACCCUCUCAGCCUCAGAGAAGACCUGCCGAGCAACCAGCAUCUGAGAUUAAUGUUUCAUCGCUUGCAGUCGCCUUGCCUUCCGGAGAUAGUGCAGCUGCUGCUGCAGUUGGUAGAGGCGCAAUGCGUGGACGAAGACGUAUCAAUGAAUCAGAAUGUUUGGUCACUAAACCUUCAGCGUGCGGUACUAAAAUAGGUACUUUUGGCACCAAAAUAGAAUUGCAGUCAAACUAUUUUCAAUUGAUGACGAACAGUCAAAAUUGGAAUCUCUAUGAAUAUAGAGUCGACUUUGCUCCUCAGGAAGACAGAACCGGCGUUCGUAAGGGUCUUCUUCGACUACAUCGGGAACAACUUGGAGCUUAUAUUUUCGAUGGCACUGUCAUGUACACGAGCUCGAAAUUAGUUCAGCCGCCACAGGAAUUGGAAUUAUUCUCAAUGAGACAAUCAGACGAGGCGAAAAUCAAGAUUAAUAUUCGAAUGGUGGGCGAGCUGAAGAAAGGCGAUUAUCAUUAUAUUUCGUUUUUCAACAUUGUCAUGAGAAAGUGCUUGGACUAUUUGGAGUUGAAAUUGGUUGGACGUAAUUUCUUCGAUCCCAGAAAUAAAAUUGAAGUAAGAACUGAGAAGAUAAUUCUCGAUUUAUGGCCCGGUUAUUUGACAUCAAUUCGACAAUGUGAAUAUAACAUUCUCAUGUGUUCGGAAAUCACACACAAAUUGAUGUUGCAAAAAACGGUUCUCAACGUCCUCGAGGAAGCAUUCCAGAUGCAUCGCGAUAAUUACGAGGCACACUUUUCGCAACAAAUAUUGGGACAAGUUGUUCUCACUGAUUACAAUAACAAUCAUUAUCGUAUCGACGAUAUUGACUUUACGACGAGGCCAUCGUCAACCUUCAAACUCAAGAGUGGCGAAUCAGUUUCAUACCAAGAUUAUUAUGCGAAAAAGUACGGAAUCAGAAUAAAAAAUCAGUCGCAACCAAUGUUGGUUUCACGAUCGAAACCAAAGGAUCGUCGAGCUGGUCAAGCGGAAUUGAUUUAUCUCGUUCCUGAACUCUGUCGUCUAACAGGAUUAACGGACGAUAUGAGAUCCGAUUUUCGAACGAUGAACGCCCUCGCAACAUACACGAAAUUAGAUCCGCGCACGAGAAUCGAACGUCUCAAAUCAUUCAACGCUCGAUUACUGAGAGAACCAAAAGUCGUCAAGGAACUAUCGGAAUGGGGCUUGAAAUUAGAUAAUAAUCUAACCAAUGUGAAAGGUCGUGUCAUUCCAAAGGAGCCGAUAUAUAUGGCAGACGGGAAAGUCUUUAACGUUCAAGGCGGCAGUUGGGACAAUGAAAUUCGUGCCAAUAAAAUGUUGGUGACGGCAAAUCUCAAAGAUUGGGUCGUCAUUGUUCCCCAAAGAAUGAUGCAGGAGUGCAAGGAUUUGGUGAGUGGAAUUAUAAAGGCGGCGAGGGGAAUGUACUUCCCAAUGACGGAGCCAAGAAUCAAUGAGAUUCGCAACGACAGUGUGGUGAGUUACAUGCAAGCUUUGGAGCACGUAAUGAGCCGGGCGAAUCCUCAGAUGAUUUUGUUUAUUGUUCCGAAUAAUAACGUUGAUCGUUAUGCGGCAAUAAAGUCCAAGUGUUGCGUCGAUCGUCCAGUGUUGUCGCAAGUUGUGAUGAAGAGAACAGUUUACGCGAAGGGUAAACCAAAUUUUACAGCCGCGACGAAAAUUGCAAUUCAGAUUAAUUGCAAACUCGGCGGUGCACCCUGGACGGUUAAUCUUCCCGAGGGGAAUAUUAUGGUCGCUGGUUUCGACGUUUGUCACGAUAAAUCGGCGCGAGGACGUGACUAUGGAGCUCUCGUCGCCUCGCUGAACAAGAAUUUCGGCCGCUACUUCAGUUCGGUGAAUGCGCACAAUAAUGGCGAAGAAUUGUCGAAUAGUUUGUCGGUGGAUAUGGUGAAGGCUUGCCACAAAUAUAAAUCCGUGAACGGAGUAUUGCCAUCGACGAUAAUAUUUUAUCGCGACGGCGUUGGCGAGGGACAGAUUCCAUUCGUCAUGGAUAUUGAAGUUGAGCAGAUUAAAGACAAAUUGAAUGCCCUCUAUGGCGAUAGCAAUGCCUAUAAAUUCGCAUUCAUCAUCGUCACGAAGAGAAUUAAUUCGAGAUUCUUCUAUCAGGGACAGAAUGCACCACCAGGAACUGUUGUCGAUGAUGUCGUUACAAAUCCGGCAAGAUUCGAUUUCUUUCUGAUUUCGCAAAGCGGUGGACGCGGAACGGUGACGCCGUCCUCGUACAAUGUCGUUCACGACACGACAAAUUGGGGCCCCGACAGAAUUCAAAGAAUGACUUACAAAUUAACGCAAAUGUACUACAAUUUUUGCGGUCCGGUAAAAGUACCGGCGCCGUGUCAGUACGCCCACAAAUUGGCCGCUCUUAUCGGCCAGGCGAUACAAAAGGAGCCGAGCACACAAUUGGAGACUCUUCUCUAUUAUUUAUAAGUAUUUUAUUUUUUUUUCAAUUUUUUUCCAUUUUUUCUUUUUUUUCAAUUUCUU